GGACCCCCCACUAGAUGUCGCAACCGAUUUGACGUAUCACCAUUUCUCUCUUUCUUACUAACCUCAUCGAUAGUAAACACGUUUCGUGUCCAAACGACUUAAAAAAUGCGUUACGUGGCUGCUUAUCUUUUAGCCGUCCUUGGGGGAAACGCCGCCCCCAAAGCGGCCGAUCUUGAAAAGAUUUUAAGUUCCGUUGGGAUUGAAGCUGAUGGUGAUCGUGUUAAGAAAAUCAUUGGGGAUUUAAAUGGAAAAUCGAUUGAGCAAUUAAUCACCGAAGGUAGAGAAAAACUUUGCUCUAUGCCUGUUGGGGGAGGAGCAGCCGCCCCAGUUGCAGCUGCCGCAGGAGCCCCCGCUGCUGCUGAAGAAAAGAAAGAAGAGAAAAAGGAGGAGAAGAAAGCUGAGUCGGAAUCUGAUGACGAUGACAUGGGCUUCGGUCUUUUCGAUUAAAAUGUUAAUAAAUUGACUUAUUUUUAAGAAUUUUUUAAUAAAUAAGUUUAAAAUAAAA